AGGCCAGUUCCUGAAGCGCCACAGGUGCCCCAAGGACGACGGCAUGGGCUUCGUGGGUCCAGACGACAUUCGCUGCGGCCAGACUAUCACCAUAUACAGCAGGACGUACUACGUGAAUGGUUGCGACCGCUUCACCCGCUGGUUUUUCGAGGAGAACGGCAUCGACGUGGGCGAGGACGAGCCGCAGCUCGAGGACCACUGGUCGAAGUCGUACAAGUUCAAGAAGCUAGCAGAGAAGGGCAGCCUUCCUAUGUCGCGCAGUGCCUAUGAGGCAAAGCAGCUGACGAAGUACUCGGUGGGCCAGUCAAUAGCCGACAAGAAGUUCACCCAGUUCUUGCUGAAUGACAGAAAGGUCUUACGGUUCAAGGCGUUUUGGGAUGAUACCACACUGUACGGUGCUCGGGUUUAUUUUGUCAUCCACUACUACCUUGCAGACAACACCCUGGAGAUCAACGAGGCAGGGCGAGAC